AUGCUAUUCAAACAAACUUCAAAAAACUCAGUAACAGUAUCAACAGAUCCAUUUAAAUUGAGCACUUGCAUAGUUGUGGUAAAUAACUACGAUUCGCCUGGCGGACCUUGUGGUGUAAUCAUGCACAGUGUUCGUAAAGUGCGAACGACUGCAGAGCAGCAAGAGGCCAAGCGGAAGAAAGAUGCGGUUGAGAACCGCAAAUACUUGGAUUUGCAGUCUCGGGUGUUUGCUGCACGUGCCAAUUCUGCGCCUGCAGCAGCCAGUUUGGAGCUGACCACUGACCUUUUGGAGCUCAACCCGGAACACUAUACCGUGUGGAACUACCGCAGGGAGCUACUGACCGAAUUGAACGACAACGCAUUGUUGCAAAAAGAUUUGCGGUUGAUUGAGCAGCUUAUGGUUCGUUAUCCCAAAGUCUAUUGGCUGUGGAACCACAGAAGAUGGGUUCUCAAGCAGCUUGGAUCAGAGGCGCCAUGGGACCGCGAGCUGGGACUAGUGACGAAAAUGCUCGAGUAUGAUGGCCGCAACUUUCACGGAUGGCGGUAUCGGCGUGAGGUAGUCAAGACAAUUGAGGAAAUCAAGGGCCAAAGCAUGGCGGAGGAAGAGCUCAAGUACACGACGUCGAAAAUCAAUGCGAACUUUAGCAAUUUCAGCGCAUGGUUCAAUCGAUCACAGCUUUUAGACAAAGUGGCUGCUGAAUCGAAAGAAAAACAGCUUCAGGCCGAGCUAGAGUACUCCAGGUCGGCCGUAUUUAUGGACCCCGAGGACCAGUCGGCGUGGACGUACUACCGAUGGCUGUUGACGAACGACCAGUUCAAAGCCGAGCAGGCCAAAGUUAUCCACAACGAAAUCGAGCAAAUCAAGGAACUUGCAGAGGAAGAGCCGGACUCGGUAUUAUGCAUAUAUACAUUAUGGAUUCUGACCAAGAAGAUCGGGCAGCACCAGCCAGAACUCAUUGAUCGGUUGAUCGAGUUGGACCCCAUGCGUGGCGAGCGAUAUAAAUAUAUGAAGCGAGAAAUUAGCUGA